AUGGUGACUCAUGGGGCUAACCAAUUAGUCUCUUUACACCCUCUCCUGUGCCGAUUUAAACGCGACCGUGUUCAUUUAGUGCUUUUGGGUGACAUCAAGCGAGAGACAGUGAAGCGUGCCUUGAUUGAAACCAACUGUCACCAGCAUGUUGAAUUACAUGAUUUCUCCAUGCAGGAUGCAACCGCCAUGACACCGCUUCUCAAAGUUAUUCAACCUCGUAUUUUGAUUCAAGUGAAGCCUACAGAUAACAAAGCCAUGUAUUAUACCAUCCAAGCCAUUGCUAACACACAUCAAAUGACAGAGAUUGGAUUGCCUGAAAAAGAGAUUGUCCAUGCAUUAUGGAUUCCUGAUCUCUCUUUAGACGCAUUAAGCAACUGGAAUAAGAUUCGUAUCAAGCUGGUAGUGAUUACCGACAGAAGACCUCAUUCACUCUCCCGUCUUUUACAGUCUGCUUCAAAAUCUGUGUUUGUAAGUGAUCAAGUAGAUUUAAUGAUCCAUAUGGAACAAUCGGCCGACCGUGUGACACGUAUGCUUGUGAAUAGCUUUUUAUGGCGACAAGGUGUCAAGACCAUUCAACACCGUAUUCGAAAAGGUGGCCUUAUGCCUGCCAUUGUUGAAUCAUGGUACCCAAGUAACAAUGACGAAUACGCUGUCUUGCUAGAAGACGACAUUGAAGUCUCUCCUUUGUUUUAUGUCUGGUCUAAGUACGCUAUUCUCAAGUACAGAUACAGUGGCAACAGUGAAGCUCAUCGCUUAAUGUACGGUAUCAGUCUGUACGCGCCUCGUAACUUGGAACUCGUGCCAUCAGGCCGUGUGACAUAUGAUCCUAACUCUGUCUUACUCCCAGCAGGUUAUCCAGAACAUAUCCCUUAUGCCUCUCAAAUCCCUUGUAGUUGGGGUGGUGUUUACUUUCCCGAACAUUGGCGUGAAUUCCAUGCUUAUUUGGUGACACGACUUAAAGACCUUGAGCUGCCUAAAAAUCAUCAAGUACGAUUGAUCAGUGUGCCUGGCAGUCGAUCAGACAAGUGGAAAAAGUCAUGGAAGAAGUAUUUUAUUGAAUUGGUCUAUUUGCGCGCCUAUGUGAUGCUCUAUCCUAACUUUCAAUCGUUUGAAGCGUUUUCGACCAACCAUGUUGAGUUUGGUACACACGUCAAGUCUGAAAAGAGACAGUCUGUGAUUGGCACAUUUAUGGUGCCCUUGAUGCAACGCGAUACCAUCUUGUCUCAGUUACCGAAUCAAAGCUUGCCCCUUUUUGAAGACUUGCCUGUGUUGGAUCUCUGGGGUCAACUUCAGAGCUAUGAUGGAUUGGAGCAAAUUGCCAGCCAAUAUCAUCAGCAUAUAUCUACAUGUGAAAGAACAUUUGGUACAUUCGACCCUCGAGAGUUCUUUUGUCGUGUGGAUGGUCCUCCUGAUCCAUUGCAAGAAUUCCCCAUGUCUCCCAAAAAGCCAAAGCCUCCAGUGUUAGUCAAAGAUGCUGUUCAGCCUAUUCGAUAUAACCGCGUAUAUGAAUACACAGAAGAGGAAGAAGAAAAGGGUCGCCUUGAUCUAUUAGAAUAUGGUCCUAAACCUAUUGAUGUGGCACAAUUGCCUACAGUAGAAGAACGCCAUAAUAACCGUGACGAUGAAAUGUUAGAUUUAGAGAGCGAUCUAGAUACACUGAAUCGAUUGUAUCUCAAGUUAAAUCCAGAGAAUCUCGACUUUUUAGAAGACGAGAAGUUUGAUAUGGAGGAAGAAGAAGACAUGGAGGAGGAGGAGGAGGAGGAAGAACAGGAGUUUUAA